GUGCUUUAUUAAUUAUCUUGCUUUUAGAUGAACAGUUGACCAUUCUCAUGGAUCAACAUGAAGUAUCUACUCCUCGACCUCUUCAAAUAAUUUCUGUCCAUGACGUUCAUAAAUUUGAAUUAAAUGAGGAGUUAUUAAAAACUAUUUUGUUUAAUGAAAAGGUUAAAAAUAAAAAAGUUGUUGUUGUAUCUAUUGCUGGUGCCUUUCGGAAAGGAAAGUCCUUCCUACUGAAUCUAUUUCUCAAAUACCUUAAUAUAUCACCACAAAAUGCUUCAACUGGUAAAUGGUUAGAUGAUAAGAGUCAUGAGCCUUUAACUGGGUUUCUAUGGAGAGGAGGAUCAGAAAGAGAAACUACAGGGAUACUAAUGUGGAGUGAACCUUUUAUUAGGAAAUUACCAAAUGGGGAAGAAGUUGUAAUAUUAUUAAUGGAUACGCAAGGGGCUUUUGAUAGUCAAUCCACUGUUAAAGAUUGUGCCACUGUAUUCGCUCUUAGUACCAUGCUAAGUUCCGUGCAAUUAUUCAACCUUAUUCAAAAUAUUCAAGAAGAUGAUUUACAACAUUUGCAAUUAUUCUCUGAGUACGGGAGAUUAGCCUUUGAAGAUUACACUAAUAAACCUUUCCAACAUCUAAUGUUCCUAAUUAGGGACUGGAGCUAUCCUUACGAGUAUCCCUUUGGCUUAAGCGGUGGUAUUAAAUUGUUGGACAAACGAUUAGAAAUUCAAGAUAAUCAACAUUCCGAACUUCAGCAGAUUAGAGCUCAUAUUAGAACCUGUUUCGAAAAACUUGAUUGUUUCCUUUUGCCCCACCCAGGUCUUAACGUUGCCACCUCUCCACAAUUCGAUGGAAAGAUUAAAGAUAUUCAACCAGAUUUCACGGAGCUCAUGAAAAUUUUAGCCCCUUUAAUUUUCGCCCCAGAAAAUUUAAUGAUCAAAGAAAUAAAUGGCAUCAAAAUUACCGGGAAAGAACUUUUCGAGUAUUUUAAAGCCUACAUUAAAAUUUACCAAGGUGAUGAGCUCCCCGAGCCAAAAACCAUGUUAUUAGCAACAGCCGAAGCUAACAAUCUCACCGCUUUGACUAAUUCGAAGGAUAGAUACUCUCAAUUGAUGGACAUAGUAUGCGGUUCAGAUCGCCCCUACGUCAAUCCUGCCCUGGUUGAGAGAGAGGAUGCCAUAGACAGGCGCAAAGCCUUACUUCUCUUUAGGGGCACGAAAAAAAUGGGAGGGCCCGAGUUCAGUCGCCACUUUGAAGAGAGACUUCAAACCGAGCUCAAAGAUAUGUAUAAUAAUUACAGGAGGAAUAAUGAGGCCAAAAACUUAUUUUCGGCCGGCAAGACUCCGAUUGUUUUAGCCACCCUGUUGUCAGUAUGCUAUUUACUUUCAUCUAUCCUCGGAAUCGUAGGGCUCACGGGCCUGGGUAAACUCGUAGGUUAUGCAUCAGGAAUAUUUCUCAUUUUGCUUGUAGUAUGGAUCUAUUCGCGAUUAUAUGGUGGUUCCGGUUCCAACCUCAGAGUCACUUCAUCAAAUCCCAGCCCCUCUGAUAACAUAUUGAUAACCGAGAAUAGAGAAUUAAGUAAUGCGAAUGAUAAUAAUGAACUUUAUGCUGGCGUAGGUGGUAUAGGGUUGAGCGAAGUGGCAACUGCUAUUGACGCAAUGGCUAACAUAAUAUGGCAAACAGUAUUUUGCGAGUGGUUCACGAUGGUCAUGCAACACCCCACGAUUAAUAGCACAUUUUACCUACCUAACCCUCUUCAAAAUUCCACUAUUCACUCAUCGUCUUCAACAUCUAAUCAACCAUCUAAGACUUCUACACACGAUCAUUCUCAUAAGAAUUUUUCAUCUACUAGUAAAUCCGAAGCCAAACCAUCGCAAAUAAAACACCGAAAUCCUAAUUCCAACACGAAGAAACAAACGAAUAGAAAUAGUAUAAAUUAAAUAAAAACGAGUAGCUUAUUUUACAAAAAAAUUAUAUUUAAGUCAUUUUUAAGCACGCAUUCAUGAUAUUCUAACUAAUUAUUAGAUUGUAAAGCUCCAAAGUUUAUCAAAAUUAAAUAUAUAUAAUUUUAUAAGGCAUAAUUCCUAGCAAUUCGACUAUUUUAUAUAUUUUUGUAAAAUCUUCCAUUAAAUUUACUGUGCAUUAUUUAUUAGGAAUAAAACAUUUUGAUAUGUUAGGAUUACUUAUUUCAAAACUAUAUGAUAUGGUAUAAUAUGCAUACGAAAUUAUAUAAUGUAGUCAUGCAAUCACAAUUUCUAAAACACAAAUUAUAAUGUUUUUUUAAAAAAUAUUAUUUCAAAUUACUAUUUUGUAAUUAUAAAUAAUUAUUAGAAUUCCAUAUGUACAAAACAUUUAAUUUCAUAUACCAAAAUCUUUAAAAUGCACAACUUUUAUUUUAAAUUU